AUGGCUAGCGUCCCUGGGGAGCUCAUUUGGGAGAUCGUGAAGAGGAACAAUGCGUUCCUCGUGAAGCAGUUUGGGAACGGCACUGCUAAAGUGCAGUUCAGCAAGGAGAGCAACAACCUCUACAACGUCAACUCAUUUAAGCACUCUGGUAUGCACAUAUUUCUCUCGUCCUGGCUACCCGGGGAACGAUUUUCUUGAGGGGCGUGAUGCUAAACUUGACUCGUUAUUUCAGGCUUGGCUAACAAGAAGACGGUCGCCAUUCAGCCCGGCAGCAAAGAUCUCUCCGUUGUGCUUUCCACGACAAAGACGAAGAAGCAGUCCAAGCCAGCCAGUCUGUACAACAGAUCAGUCUUGAAGAAGGAAUUCCGUAAGAUGACAAAGGCUGUUGUGAACCAGGUAAGAGGGAUUCUCAACUCCCACCUUAUUGUUGUCCUGCUUCGCAUCUGUACGAGUCAUUGUUGGUCCGUCCUCAGCUGAAGGCAGGACUUUUAAUCCGUUUUUACUGGUGUACAACCGCGUAAUGUUUUUCUCUUGUAUCCUUGGCGGAUUCGCUAUGAUGACGUGACACUGUUAUCGGCAAUAUCAAUCUGUGCUUGUUUUAUUGUGUCGUUCCACUUUAACUUCUGCCAUGAAAAUCCUCUAACACGUAAGAAAUGCCUUCCCAACGGUUGUUCUUCAAUCAAAUGCACUCGUUACUCUUGGCUUAUGACGUUCUUUUCACUAUUCAUAUGAUUGAUGUAAACUCUGCUGUCCAUUGAUCCGCGAUAUUUGAUGGGUUUGGUAAUUCGGAAGAACUGAUCAUGUAUGGCAUUCUUUUUAUUAUAAUAAAAUAGGAGAAUACAAGCAAGUAGUUAUUCAAAAAAGCUGCCUAAGUAAAUUAAUUACGAGACGUGGUAGACUUGUGAGCUCGAGAACUCCCCGGAUUGAUUGAUAUGCCUAUUCUUGUUCUAGCAUUUGUCCUGACGUCGGCGGUAGGUUUAGGACGAGUUUUUUUUUUCUUGUUGGCAUGAAAGGUAUGGUAUCACUGUUAUUUUUCAUCAAAAAGUAAAUGCUGUUUGCUAAUGAGUUCCCUAUGCUGUGAUGAGGCUCUAACACGUAAGAAGAUCCUCCUUAAUGGAGGAUCUUCAGUGAAAUAUACUUGUUACGCUUGGCUUCUGAGCUAUUUUCCUUGAAAAAAAUGCGCGAUUUUAAGUUCUUUAGGUUCCCCAGAUUGAUUGAUAUGCAUACGUUUUUGCAAAUUUUUGUUGGCAUUUUAAAGUAUACCAUUUGUUUUCCGUUUUGAAAUAAAUGUCGCUUGCUAAUGAGUUCCCUAUGCCAUGAUGAGCCUCUAACACGUAAGAAGGUCAACCUUAAUGGAGGAUCUUUAGUGAAAUACUUGUUACGCUUGGCUUCUGAGCUCAUUUUCCCUCAAUAAUCACAGAAUUUUAGGUUCUUUAGGUUCAACACAACCUACGUCAUCACUUUAUUCUUCAUAUUUUAUGAUGACUUGCAUCCAAAUGGGUCUGUAUUUAUUUUAUUAGGAAAUCAUUUACUCAUGAUCUCGAUGAAAUAUUUUACCAUAAUCAGCAUUUUAUUGCACUCCAUUCACUCCUAGUAAAUUCAGCCAAUUUAGUAAAUAUUUUAUUGCACAGCAUAAUCAGCCAAUUCAGAUUUUCAUUUAACUCCGUUAAAAGAAAUAGUAUUAAUGUGUUCCCCUUGAUCAUCCCCAAUCCAGGUUGCCGACAACUUCUACAGGCCAGACCUCAAGAACGCGGCCCUCGCGAGAUUGAGCGCCGUUCACAGGAGCCUCAAGGUCACCAAGUCUGGCCCCAAGAAGAGGAACAGGCAGGCCCUAAAGGUGAAGCACUGA